AUGGAAAUUGACGAAGAUUACAUCGCCGAAGAACCAAUGGACCUAAUUGAAAGUGUUGAGAACGCAUAUGGUAAUAGGGCUGAAAAAUACUUAAGACGAAUUAAUACGAGAGAACCAGAAGUUUAUAAUCCAGAUAAGCAUGAAUUAGAUGAUUUCUUGCGAGACUUGGAGACCAUAUACGAAAUGGUACGUUUGGUGUUUCCUACUGACCAAGAAAAAAUCAUGUAUCUUUAUUCUAAAUCCCAAAGUCAUCAGAGACAACAGAUAAGAGAAGUGGUAAAGAAACCCGGUCCAAAUAGAACGUUCGAUUUUGUAUUCGAAAAAGUUUUUCGAAGCGGAUCAAACGAUUCUUGGGUAGAGACUCUCCAUGAACAUCUGGACAAGGCUACUAAUUCAGAUUUCGAUUUCGCAGAGUACAGAAAAUGGCUUUUAAAUUUGGACAUGGAAACCAACAUAAAGAUCAGUGCAUUCCUAUGUCAAAAAAUGCAUAACCGAAAUCAACUCUUAAAAAAUAAAUAUGAAAAAGGAGAUCCACAAAAAGCCAUGAGAGAAACAAAUCGCCACGCACGGUAUACACCACUUCCAAAACCAACGAAAUAUACACGCCAACAGUUCUCAACACCGAAACAGAAAGCUUGGAAACCAAAUAAGCGCGAACAAACCAAGAACUGGGAUGACUCCAAAUAUGGAGCGAAAUCAAAACCAAGCGAAUGA